AUGUCGCUCAUGAACAUUGCCGGAACGCAGCCAGUGGACGACCCGGAGUACCGCUAUAAGAUGCCGAGACUGCAAGCGAAGAUCGAAGGCCGAGGCAACGGGAUCAAGACGCUGGUCGUCAACUGUGCCGAUAUUGCAGCAUCCCUUCAUCGCUCGACAGCGGAAGUGUGCAAGUUCUUUGGCUGUGAGCUCGGUGCCCAGUCUAAGUACGACGACAAGACGGACCGAGCCAUUGUGAAUGGCGCGUUUGAAGCCGCUAUGAUGCAGCAGCAUUUGCUGAAGUACAUUGAAGGGUUUGUGCUGUGUCCUGCUUGUCGGCUGCCUGAGACGAAGUACAAGUUUAAGGGUCAGCUCAUUUUUCACAAGUGUUACGCGUGCGGCGCCGUCGAGCCAGUAGACAUGAACCAUAAGCUCACGACGUUUAUCUUCAAGGAGCACACGGCUGCCAAGCGCGGUAGUAAGGACGACAAGAAGAAGAAGGACAGGAAGGACAAGAAGGAAAAGAAGAGUAAAAAGUCACAGGACGAGCCGGAAGACGAGUCCAGUUCGAAGGAGAAGAAGGAGAAGAAGGAGAAGCGCGACAAGGACAAGAAAGAAAAGAAGGACAAGAAGAAGAAGCACCACAAAGACAAGGCAACUUCGGGUGCCGACGAAGACGACGAGGUGGUAUGGCACACGGAUUUGUCGGCUGAGGCUGUGGCAGCCCGUGCUGCUGAGGCGGAGGCCAUUGAAGCUGCUGCUGCCGCGGCCAUGCAAGCUGCAGCUGCAGAGGAAGUCGUAGCGACGCUGGACAACCUCCAGGUGGAUGACGAGAACGCUCUGGACUCGGCGGUUUCAAACUUGCAACGCUUUUUGUCGGAGAACCACUCGGAAGCAGAAGUUUUCGAGGAACUGUGCCGCCAGCAGACGUAUUCGGCUCUGCCGAUCACAGACCGUCUUGUGAUCUUCUUUCGCUCUGCGUUCACUGAGCAGGUUCUGGCGAAGAACCAGGUGACGAAGUAUGCGCCAGUGCUCGAGCAAAUCGUUGAUAGUCAGCACGCGCAGUACCAGUUGCUUGCGCUUGUCGAGCAUUUCUGUGCAGUUGAGCACUUUGCGCUGCUGACGUCGUUCCCACUUCUCUUGAAGUUGCUCUAUGACGAAGACUUGUUGGAGGAAGAGUGUCUCGUGACUUGGGCUAACAACGGUGUCCGGAAGGAGUACGCGCACUGGGCUGUCACGGACGAGCUUGCUGCGAAACUGAAGGACCUAAUGGGGCCCUUUAUUGAGUGGCUCGAGAACGCUGAAGAGGAGAGCGGUGAUGACAGUGACGACUGA